CCUUAGCGACAGUAACUAAGGGGGGCGGGGCGCCGUCACAGCGAGAACGCGGAGGCUCCGCGGGAUCCGGAAGUGCUCCGAGACCAGAAUCCAGACUCAGUCCAGGACAACACGGUCCACCAGUCACAGCGGAGACCUGCAGGACGAUGGAGAACCAGAACCCGGACCACAGGAGCCAAACAGCAGCCUCGUGCUCUGAUAGCACCGAUGUUCAGAAAUGCAGAGGAAGAGAGGGACUCACACCUCACUGCUUUCACCACCGUGACAAAUCCUUCACAACAUCUAAAAACUUGAAAUUUCAUCAGAGGGUUCAAACUGGAGAGAAACCAUACAGCUGUGACCAAUGUGGGAAAGCUUUCACUAGAUCGAAUGUCCUAAAAGCCCACCAACGUGUUCACACUGGAGAGAAACCGUACAGCUUUGGGCAGUGUGGGAAAAGUUUUACUGCAUCCGCUGACCUAAAAAUCCACCAACCUGUUCACACCGGAGAGAAACCGUACAGCUGUGGGCAGUGUGGGAAAAGUUUCCGUCAAUCAGGUUACCUAAAAAUCCACAAACGGAUUCACACUGGAGAAAAACCUUACAUCUGUGGGCAGUGUGGAAAAGCGUUCAAUCAAUCAGGUACCCUAAAAAUCCACCAACGGUUUCACACUGGAGAGAAACCUUACAGUUGUGGGCAGUGUGGGAAAAGAUUCACAACAUCUGGUGAACUUAUGGUACACCGACGUGUUCACACUGGACAGAGACCAUAUUGGUGUGACCAAUGUGGGAAAGCUUUCACUAAAUCAGAAAUUCUAAAAGUUCACCAACGUGUUCACACUGGAGAGAAACCGUACAGCUGUGAGGAGUGUGGGAAAGCUUUCACUACAUUAAGUGAACUGAAAGCCCACCAACGUGUUCACACUGGAGAGAAACCGUACAGCUGUGGGCAGUGUGGGAAAAGUUUCACUCACUCAAGUAGCCUUGAAACACACAGACGUGUUCACACCAGAGAGAAACCGUACAGCUGUGACCAAUGUGGGAAUGCUUUCACUACAUCAAGUGCCUUAAGCAGACACAGACGUGUUCACACUGGAGAGAAACCGUUCUGGUGUGAAACCUGUGGAAAAACCUUUACUAAUGGUAGAAACCUUAAACGCCACCAACACAGUCAUGCUGUUUAGUUUUGAUAAAUUUUUCAGUUGUUUCCUCCAGCCUCAUGCAGAGAUGCUAGCAAGUCUUUGAGCUGGAGUCCCAGUCAAGUCUCAAGUCUCUCGUUGUUAUUACGAAUGUUGUAUCACCUGCUGCGUUCAAUGCAGGUUGCUUAUAAAACUGCAUGGCUAUAAGCAAUUCUUCAAC